UUUGUUUGCUCUAGAGUGACGGCGCGAGAGACACUGGAGCGAAGCGGUUCGCCGAUGAUUAAAACUUUCAUUUUAGGGUAAAAUCACCAUCACCUUUGUAAGGCGAGCGAGUUAAUCGUGUCAGGAUGUCGGCCCAGGCUCAGAUGAGAGCUUUGCUGGAUCAGCUGAUGGGAACGUCGAGGGAUGGAGAUGAGUCGAGACAGCGGGUUAAAUUCACAGACGAGCGCGUCUGCAAAUCGCACCUGCUCAACUGCUGCCCGCAUGACAUCCUCUCUGGAACGCGCAUGGACCUUGGCGAAUGCUCUAAGAUACAUGACCUGGCGCUGAGAGCAGACUAUGAGAUCGCGUCUAAAGAGAGAGACCUGUUCUUUGAACUGGAUGCGGUGGAUCACCUGGAGUCGUUUAUUGCCGACUGUGACCGCAGGACUGAGUUGGCCAAGAAGCGUCUCGCUGAGACACAGGAAGAGAUCAGCGCUGAGGUGGCCGCAAAGGCAGAAAAGGUUCACGAGUUGAACGAGGAGAUCGGGAAGCUGCUGGCGAAAGCUGAACAGCUCGGCGCUGAGGGGAAUGUGGAUGAAGCCCAGACAGUUCUACAGGAGGUUGAGAGAGUCCGAACUAAGAAGAAGGAUGCAGAGGAAGAGUACAGGAACUCUAUGCCCGCCUCCAGUUUCCAGCAGCAGAAGUUGCGCGUCUGUGAGGUGUGCUCUGCCUAUCUUGGUCUCCAUGACAAUGACCGGCGUCUCGCUGACCACUUUGGCGGCAAACUGCACCUGGGCUUCAUUCAGAUCAGAGAGAAGCUGGAACAGCUGAAGAAAACCGUGCAGGACAAACAGGAGAGACGGAACCAGGAGCGACUCAGGAGGAGGGAAGAGCGGGAGAAAGAGGAGAAAAUGAAAAAACGGACUAAGUCACGCAGCCGAGAACGCAAGAGGUCUCGUUCUCGCGAACGUGAUCGAGAACGCAGACGCCGACGUUCCUGCUCCGCAUCGCGAGAGAAGCGCCGUUCCCGUUCUCGCUCCAAAGAGCGCGACAGACGCCGGCGGCACCGAUCUCGAUCCAGAUCCCGCUCGCGCCACAGCCGAGAACACUCACACAAGUCUUCACGGGACCGUGAUCACGAGAGGGACAGCAAGCGCAGUUCAUCUGAGCGGAGAUCAGACGGGCUGAACGGGAGGACGGAGUCUCGCCGUCACGAUGACAGAGAGGCUGGAGAGAUCUGAAUCAUCUCACUCUAUCAUAACAAACACACAGCGCGCUCCCAUACAUAUACCCACUUUUUUAUUUAUCAUGUUUGCUUGGUCCGUAGUAAACUGCCCACGCCCUGUUUCAUUAUAGUCUUUGUAGUCUUUAAUAUCUCAGUCCAGUGAGACGUAAACCUGUCGGAUUCACUGUCAAAUGUUGAAAUGACAAUUGUGUGUGGAGAUUUUUUUUUUAUUUUCUCAAAAGUAUGUACUGCCACUUUUUUUUGCCCCUCCAUAAUGUCUGUUAUUUUUUUGGGAUUGGGAUUUUAUUUUGUACAGUUUGUCCUGAGUGGAUGUGUGCAUGUUUUGCUGAAGGCUGUUCUGAGGUCAGUUUAAACGCCCUUUCUUUAAAUAUAGCUGCAGUAUUCCCCCAUAGAGACAGAGAGUGACUCUUUGCAUCAGUAGCAGAGGCGUAGGAGAUUAAUAAAUCUAAACGAGUGAAUCCGUCAUGGCGUAUUGUUUCAGAUUUACUGUGUACAUGAUCUUUUAUAAGGCUGUUUUGAUUUCAUGUCCUUAUCAAAGUGCAUUAAAUGGUUUUAUGACUUUAAA